GGAACCGCCGGACGGACGGACGGAGCCCACAGUGGCCAGGCCGGCAGCCGCAGGCGACCCCGAGCCGCGCCCCGGAGCCAUGGCCCUGAGCGAGUUGGCGGUGCUCCGCUGGCUGCAGGAGAGGCGCCACUCGCAGAAGCUCAUCCUCUUCAUCGUGUUCCUCGCGCUGCUGCUGGACAACAUGCUGCUCACCGUCGUGAUCCCCAUCAUCCCGAGUUACCUGUACAGCAUCGAGCAUGAGAAGAACACUACAGAGAUCCAGACUGCCAAGCCCGCGCUCACGGCCUCCACCUCAGGCAGCUUCCAGAGCAUCUUCUCCUAUUAUGACAACUCCACCGUGGUCACUGGGAACACCACCAGAGACCUUCAGGGCGGGCUGCUGCUCAAGACCACCACACAGCAGAUGGUGACUAACACGUCCACUGCGCCUCCCGACUGUCCCAGUGAAGACAAAGACCUCCUGAAUGAAAACGUGCAAGUUGGCCUGUUGUUUGCCUCUAAAGCCACUGUCCAGCUCCUCACCAACCCGUUCGUGGGGCUGUUGACCAACAGAAUCGGCUAUCCAAUUCCAAUGUUUGCGGGAUUCUGCAUCAUGUUCAUCUCAACGAUUAUGUUCGCCUUCUCCACCAGCUACGCCUUCCUGCUCAUCGCCAGGUCGCUACAGGGCAUCGGCUCCUCCUGCUCGUCUGUAGCUGGCAUGGGCAUGCUGGCCAGUGUGUACACAGAUGACGAAGAGAGAGGCAAUGCCAUGGGGAUUGCCCUGGGAGGCCUGGCCAUGGGGGUCUUAGUGGGCCCCCCCUUCGGGAGUGUGCUCUAUGAAUUUGUGGGGAAGACGGCUCCGUUCCUGGUGCUGGCUACCCUGGUGCUCUUCGAUGGAGCUAUUCAGCUCUUUGUGCUCCAGCCAUCCCGGGUACAGCCAGAGAGCCAGAAGGGGACACCACUAACCACCCUGCUGAAGGACCCGUAUAUCCUCAUUGCUGCAGGAUCCAUCUGCUUUGCAAACAUGGCGAUUGCCAUGCUGGAGCCGGCGCUGCCCAUCUGGAUGAUGGAGACCAUGUGUUCCCGCAAGUGGCAGCUGGGCAUUGCUUUCUUGCCAGCUAGUAUCUCUUAUCUCAUUGGAACCAAUAUUUUUGGGAUACUUGCUCACAAAAUGGGGAGGUGGCUUUGUGCUCUUCUAGGAAUGAUAAUUGUUGGAAUCAGCAUUUUAUGUAUUCCUUUUGCGAAAAACAUUUAUGGACUCAUAGCUCCUAACUUUGGAGUUGGUUUUGCAAUUGGGAUGGUGGAUUCCUCAAUGAUGCCCAUCAUGGGCUACCUGGUAGACCUGAGGCACGUGUCUGUCUAUGGGAGUGUGUACGCCAUUGCAGAUGUGGCAUUUUGUAUGGGCUACGCUAUAGGUCCUUCCGCUGGUGGGGCUAUCGCAAAGGCAAUUGGAUUUCCAUGGCUCAUGACAAUUAUUGGAAUAAUUGAUAUCCUUUUUGCUCCUCUCUGCUUUUUUCUUCGAAGUCCACCUGCCAGGGAAGAAAAAAUGGCUAUUCUCAUGGAUCACAACUGCCCCAUUAAAACAAAAAUGUACACUCAGAAUAAUAUCCAGUCGUAUCCGAUAGGUGAUGAUGAAGAAUCUGAAAGUGACUGAGACCUUCAAAAGUCAUCAAUGUAUUUAAUUGUAUAAAACAGUGUUUCCAGUGAAAUGACUCAUCCAGAACUGUCUUAGGCAUACCAUUCAUCCCUGGUAACAGAAUAAAACCAACAAAGGUUAUUUUUUCUUUUCCAUGGUUAUGAUCGAUUGCCAACAGCCUUAUAAAGAAAAAGCAGCUUUUCUAGGGGUUUGUAUAAAUAGUGUUGAAAACUUUAUUUUAUGUAUUUGAUUUUAUUAAAUAUUAUACAAUAUAUUUUGACGAAAUAUAGUGUAAAUCUAUAAAUAUUUGAAUUCAAAUCAAAUAUAAUUUUUUAACUUACAUUCACAGACACCUGGGCAAAAAGUCUUGUAUUUUUUCUGAGUAUUGGUAAUGAGUGUUUAAAACUAAAGCACACAUUAUCUCCGAGACACUUCCAACAAUGAGAAACUAGGACGUCUGAAAAAACAGAAUUAAGACAGCAUAUAUUAUGUAGUGACACUGAGUGCUGAGUUAAACUUGUAAUUACUAUCAAUGUAUUUAUGAGUUAAAAGCUAGUUAUCUCAAAUGCAGAGACAAGAACUUGGAGUCAGUCAUCUUUUGGAUUUAUCUGUGAAUCUUAGCUGGCAUUAGUUUUCUAUGUAAUCACCUACCUGGAAACAGAUGGUUGUAAAUGAUAUGUUCACAUGUCAUGUGCUCGGCAGCAAACAUUAAAGCCAAUAAGGGAAAAACAGUGGGUGUUCUCAAAGCAGUGAAAAGCACCCAGACAUAGUUAUGGGCAACUAGAAGCUUUCCCUUUAAGACAUAUACUUGUCUUACCAGAUGGAAGCAAAUUGAGGGUAGAUGUACCUUAUACUGUCAAGGUUGUUUAAGAGUGGUAAGCUCUAUCACCAUCUAGUUCAAAUUUUAGAAAAGAACUUUAAAAGGCUAAUAGCUGCUAUGACAUGGAAAACCCAGACCAUAAUCUUCGACCUGUUUGGAGGUCACCCAAGUGUUUUCUAGGGGUCUAUUAAUUUGGAGUUGUCUGAAACUAUUAUUUUCUAGACUGCUGAAAGUUGUUCACAUCAAGGUGAACACAAACUUUAAAUGAACAUGAAGGAGUGAAAUUAUAUCUUGAAUCACAUUAGGAAAACAGGUAAAAAUAAUAAGGUGGCCAGGACACACCCCUUUCACAGGCAGAAAAAAACCAAACAUCUAAAAAUGUCUAUGUAUUACUGUACCAUCUAGUGCUGUAAUGUAGUGUUCCUAAGCAUGACAACAUUGAUGUGCCUUUUCGAUGUAACAGCCAAUACUGUUAGUGAACACUGUCAGUUGACAUCAAGUUUUGCAUGAGAUGUGAUUGGAGUGUGACGACUGUGGAAUGGCUCAAAUACUUAAUUCUGUAGUUCUGUAAUUGUAAACAAAAAUUACCUAAUGUUCUCUGUUAAGCUACAAUUACGUUUCUGUUAACUUGGAGAAGGAGCAAAGAACUUGAGAACAAGGACUCCUCAACCGUAUAAUUCUCUAGUAAAGUAGCUAAUACUUUAAUUACAUUUGCUUUAUGAAGCUUUUCUGUGGGGCUUUUUUGAAUGAUUUGAAGUCUGGUUUUCAAGUGCAGUGUGUUGGAAGCAAACAUGCUCCCUCGUGACGUAUUUGCACUGGGCAACUUCCACAAGUCCACUGCUUUGGAAGAUGGCUUUGGAGGCACUCUUAUAUGGCUAAUGUAAAAAGGCAGAUUAUUCUCUACUUCCGUAGGGGAGAGUCCUCAAAAAGAACAUGCUACAAGGCAGUUUCCUUCGAGGGUUUGUGGUUCUCCCCGCUCCCAAGACCGUAUAACUUACUCCUAUUUUAUUUUUGCCUUUAAGGCUUCAGCCUCUUCAAGAAUGACUGGCAAAGGCAUGCCCGCUGUUGAUCCCUAGAGAUAACAGAAAAGAGAUGAGUUUUUCAGAACUGUUUUGGAAGCAAAAGGUAUCUGUUAUAUGAGGGGAAAAAAAAAGAAAUUGUAAGGUCUUUUGUAUGACUAUAUUCUGGAGUUAGCAAGACUGUGAAAAGAGAGGCUUUUUUUUUUUUUUUAAAUGUGUGUAUCAGGACAAAAAAUAUACAGCUUUCUGAACAUUUAUCUUUUGAGCAGAGGUGGUUUUUAUGUUUGUACCUGACAAAACAGAUAUAAAAACCUUAAUGAGGUAGCAAUGAAUGUUCAGUUUUCUUUUGACUGCUAACUGUAUCUAGCUACAUCAUGUUUUAACUAGUUUUACUUAAUAAAUCUUCUGAACAUUACUGUGCCUGCUGUAUUCCUUUAUAAACAAGACAUUACUGUUAGAAUAAAAUACAUAAGGUACUGUUUUGACUGUGGAUCUUCAAUUAAAAACUAUUCUUUUCUGCUUGCAGGCAUCAGGUAAAAUCCACUCCAGGUUAGUUUGAACCAGACUUUUUGACUUUGGAAAAUGUUUUAAAUUGAAAUAUGUAACUAGCCACAUGAUGUCAAUGUGGAAAAACCAGUAAGUGAUCCUUGCAGUUCUAAAGUUAUAUUGUUUUCCUGAUUGCUAGGAACAAGUAACUAUAAUACCAGCCAUUUGACACUGUGGCCCAUGGACCCCUAGAAGUUCCAUAAAAUCUAUGGUGUGCAUAUUUGUAUCUUUCAGGGGUAAGUGUCCACAGUUUUCGGGGAAUUUCCUGUUGCCCCCUUUUUAAUAAAAGGAAAGCUAUUAUCUCAGUUUAGAAAUAAAGACAAUAUUUUUUAAAAUUAGAUUGUAAAUUUAUUCACUUUUAGGGGACUUAAGAUUUUAUCUUACUGUUAGAGUCAAAUAUUUUCAAAUGCCUUUCAAAAAAUUCAGAUAUACUUAAAUUUAGAACUAGACAGUACCCUCAAAUUUUUAGUUUUCUCCUCUCAAAAUCACCAAAUGGCCACAUAGUAUUUCAACUAAUUCUGAUACUGAAGAAUAAAAGGCUUGAUAUUAAGAAAUGUAGCCUAUUAAUUCUGACUCCAAAAUAAUGCUCAGAUGUUGCUCAUCUUGAUGUCUAACCCAUUCAUCUAAAUACCAAUGUAGAAAAUAUACUUUAGUCUAAUUACUAAUAGCAGAGGCAAAUCCAUAAUUGGUAUUUCAUUAAAGAAACAGUAAAACCAGUAUUUAAUGUUUUGAGGCAAUUUUCAAAAUAAGCAAUUUUGUUUAGCAAAAGUGGACUUUGUUACGCUUGUUUGCAUGGCCAAAUUACACCAGGCGAUAAUUCCAUAGAGAUGCAGCAACUACUGUUUUCAGAUGUCACCAAAUGAAGAUAUUCUUGUUUUCUGUGGUAGUUUUUAUUAUUUUUUAGCUAUAGAUAACAUAGCAUGGCAGCAAGAUUACAUCAGGAAUGUAGUAUAGUACAAGUGUUUUCACUGAAGCCUUCUACCUUACUAUCCACUAGGCUAUGUGGAGUGUCCCUCUGCAUUAAAGGACAACUGUGAUUCCUCUACUGCCUCUCCCAGUAGAUAUAAAAAUAGUGCACUACAUUAAAGGUGUAUUUUACAAAUAUCAAUAGCAGCAUUACUGAGCUUUCCAUAACUGUACUUCUACAGAGUUAAAUACUUUUAACACGAGUAGAUUUUCAUAAAACCAAAGUUUUGCAUUAUUUCUACAGCUCUUUCAAAUGCGUCAGUUGCAGCAGCAUGCUUGGAUGUCACUAAAACUUCCAUGAUAUAACCCAUAAACACCAGCCACUUACAGACACUCCGCCUUCCACAUUAUCACUGGUAAGUUAUUUUUUAUGAUAAGAUGAAAGCUGGUUAUUACAUUAGGUAGAUUGUUUCAAGCAUAUGUUACAGAACAGCAUUUUAACUUUCAGAGAAUAAGGUGUAUAAAGACUUCUAUAGCAGUGUUCUUUUAAAAUGCAAACAUGCUUACAUAGAAAACAAAAAAGGGGGGUAUACACAGAUAUAUUUUUGUUAUAAACUUGGCCAAGAAAGGUGUUUAGUUUCCUAAUAUUUCACUUAAUAAAAUAACAGGAAUGAGAAUUGGCUAUUGAUUUUAAAAGUGGAAUAACUUUUCUACCCUCAAAAAUGUAUUUAUCACCCAUAUAAGUCAUACCUUUUAUUUGAAUAGCUUUUUACUGUUCAGAGCACUUUCACAGUUAUGCUAUUGUUUUCCUCACAACAAUCCUGUGAGGUAGUUAGAGUAAGUCUUGUUUAUCCUACCUUAGAGCUGGGGAGACGGUGGCACAGAGCCCUUUUGUGGCUCGCCUAUUGUUACACAGUCCAUCAAUGGCCAAUGGAAGAGCUUGAACUUUUGUACGGAGUCCUGAGCUAUAGACUGGGCCAGAAUCUUUACUAUUAUACUAUGCCCUUUCCUGCCAGCCAUAAAAGAUGCUCCAACUAGUUUUAAAUUCAUGUCAGUUUCAGUAUAUAUCAAUUAUCAUAGUAGUUAACCACAAAAGGAAAAUACAUAUACAUAUCUAUUUUAUAGGCAUAUGAAAGGCCAAAACUUUUAUGGUAUACCAACAGAUGUCAUGCUCACAUUUUCCCUCAGUCGUAUGUUACUGGGAUCCACAUGAUGGACUGAGUAUCAGAGUAGAUCUUCAUUUUCAGAGAACUGGCCCCAAUUCCUAUGUAUCUGUACUGUCUAUUUUUAUUAAUUUUUUUAAAUAAAGAUAGUUUAAAUUAUAGAAGCAUUCAGAAUGAUCCUCAUUUUUUAAGCCUGGAGGAUGUCAGACAAAGAACUGAAUCUAUUUUGCAUAACUCCUCUCCUUCACAACAUUCUCCUGCAUGAAAAUGUUUCUAACACAAAACAGCCAAAACUAGUUAUCAACACAAUCAUUUUAAGAACAGUCCUCUGAAACUUUCAAUAUCCUUGCACAUGCUUUAUUUCCUAUGGGAGAACUGAAGAUGAAAAAUAAUCAUAAAUGUUUAGAACUUUCAUUUAAAAAGAAAGCAUCAACAUUUUGAAAGACAUUUCAAAAUCCUACCGGUCACUGUUUUUUAGUAAUCUUCUUACCCUCUCUACAAAAUUCUUGACCAACUGCAUUCCAUGUUUAUUCCCUAUUACAUUUUUUCAAUGCAAGCUCUUCAAAUUAACCACUAUAUUCUUACUAUACUUCAAAUGUAUAAAAACUUCAGAAAAAAAUUUCACAGAAGCAUAGAAAGCAAGCAAUAUAUGUAAAACUUUUUUUUUUACUAAAUCAGCAUAACCAACUAAAGCUGCAGCAUCUGCUUUCGCGUUACAUUUGGCAAAAACAAAAGCACUCCCCAAAACCACAAAACAACAAAAAUCUCCAGUAAGUAGAGAUGACAAACUCCAUAACGCAAGGUAAGAUUCAAACCUGUUCCCUCAAUGAUUGCUGUUGUCAAUUGGGCAUGCAACAAAUUUGUUAUAACCAUGAUGGAAAUGAAAACAUUUCAAGAAUCUGGACAGUAGCCUAUUUAACACUAAUUCAAAAACUAGAAGGAAAAUAACAUCAGACAUCA